AUGUAUGACGAGCUUCUGCGGCAAAUAGGUUCCGUGUUGUCGCAGCGGUCCACCAGCGCUAGAGACAAGAGCUCUGAGGCCCUACAGCUCGCCGAGAGGUUCGGAGGAGCCGGCCACGCGCACCUCCUGCGAAGUCUGUGCUCGUUCCUGGCGAAGCCGAGUCAGCUCGCAGCGUCAGGAGCCCAGAAGGAGAGCACUGUUGUGCUUUCGCUCGUCCUCGGGCACCUCGCCAGUCGGCCGGACUUCACCGAGCUCGUCGGGGACGGAUUUAUUGAGGUCAAGUCGAAGCGGGCGGCGCUUCUACGAGAUCUCAACAAGCACUGUCGCCUUUCGCUCGACUUGCAGCUUCUGCUAGCCAGCGCUUGCUGCGACUAUCCAGACGCCGAUCUCCGCCAAGCAGGCCUCCGCUACGUUAGCGAGAAGGUCGAGGAGGCGCCCCACGCACUCAAGCGCGCCAGCCUCCGCACGCUACACCGCCUGCUCGCAUCUCUCAGGUGUGCGGGUCAGGAGGGAGCCGAGUGCCUAGCAGCCGUCGCAAGCGCGCUGCAAUCACUGCCCCAGGAGGAUGCGCAAAAAGCCGUUCUCCUCAGUCCGCUCACCGUAACGGCUAGAAGCCCCGUAGACGCCCAGCGCUCGUCGCUGGCACCCGGGGGCGCCCCCACCUUCGCCAUGGGCGACCUAGCGGACCUGGCGGGGCCCGGAACCCUGGCCGGCGUCGUCAAGGAACUGGGCCCCGCCUGCACCGCCACCCGCCUCGCCUUCCAGGAGGCGCUCCAGAGCACAAGCUCUGACCUCUCCGAAGUGGCGGUGGCGCGCAUGGUGGCCGUCAUGUGCCGCGCCACGCCCGCGCAGCCGGAGCAGCCGCACGGGUGGAACCUCGACGUCGUCGCCGCCACCCUCCAGUCCGCGGCCCCGCGCCUCAACUGGCCCACGGUCGUCCGCGCGCUCGACACGCCGGGCUUCGUCGUGCCCGGGCCGCCGGGCGCGGCGCUGCUGGCGGAGCUGCUGCGGCUCGCGCGCCCGCGCGAGCCGUUCCCGGUCGACGCGAUCUGCGGCCGCGCGUGGCAGAACGCGGCCGGCCAAAUCUCCCUGCUCCGCGCCGCGGUCGCGCUCCCGCCGGAGGUUUUGACCUUCGAGCACGCGGCGCGCAAGCUCGAGCCGCUCGAGGGCCUCGCGGGCGGCGCGAGCCCCGUCGGGACGGCGAACCACGCGUGGGUCUGCCUGGACCUCGUCGCGGUGCUGUGCAAGCACGGCGACGGCGUGUGCGCGCGCGAGGUGCGGGAGGUGGUGGACGCACCGCUCAAGCAGUGCCCGGAGGUGCUGCUGCUGAGCGUGGUGUCGUGCACGGAGGAGUGGGGGACCCUCCAGCGCGACGUGUGCAACGCGCUGAUCCCAAUGUUCAUCGGGAACCACCCGAACAGCAACGUCGUCGUGACGCGCCUGUGGGCGGUGCGGCGCAACGUGCUCAUCUCCUACAUGGUCGACCUGUACGCCAAGGAGCCCGGGACGAUGUCGCGGAUCCUGGACAUCUGCCAGGAGCUGCGGCAGAUCCAGACGGUCAUUGAGAGCACGGCGCCGAUGUUCGCGCUGGAGCUGGCGUCGCUGGCGUGCCGCCGGGAGUACCUCGACCUGGAGCGCUGGCUCACGCAGAAGGUCGCGCAGGGCCGCGGGGAGUUCGUCCGGACGUGCCUCUCGUUCCUCAAGGAGAAGGCGAACCCGGCCGGGGGCCUCCUGACGCAGAUCCAGCUGACUCAGGUCACGCUGAGCAUCUUCCUCAAGGUCCUGCACAGCUCGAGCAGCCUGCUGCAGGACCAGGAGCUGUCGAACGAGGUCGCGCUCGUGCACGGGCAGUUCCUGCGGACCUUCGCGAACGGCGGCGGCGGCGCGGGCGGGCAGCCCGGCACGCUGCAGCACAAGACGUGGGCUCAGGACGUCGAGAAGGAGGCCAACGACGUCUUCCGGCACGCGUUCACGGGGCAGCUCACGAUCCCGGACGUGGUCGCGAUGCUCGUACGGCACCAGAAGUCGCUCGUGCAGCGCGAGCGCGAGGUCGUCGACUGCGUGGUCGAGAACCUCUUUGCCGAGGUCUCCCACCUGGGCAACUACCCGGACAAGGAGCUCGGGAUCGCGGCGGAGCUCUUCGGGUCGCUCGUGCAGCACCAGCUCGUGUCGGGCAUGCACCUGGAGUGGUCGCUCGCGACGGUGCUCGACGCGCUGAAGCACGCGCGCUCGAACGAGAAGAUGCUGGCCUUUGCCAAGGGCGCGCUCGGGGCCUUCCAGCAGCGCAUCCCGGAGUGGCCGUCGUUCUGCGCGGCGCUCCUGCAGCUCCCGCACGCGCCGCAGGUCGUGCCGAAGAUCGUCGAGAUGGCCGAGGCGGGCGUGCGGGCCGCCAAGGCGCGCCAGGGGUCGGCGGCGGCGGGCGCGGGCGCGGGCGCGGGCGCGGGCGCGGGCGCGGGCGGGGCCGCGCCGCCGCCCGGUUCGGCGGCCCCGACGCGGCGCGCGCGGGGAGCAGCGCCGCGGCGCUGCAGGGGAGCGGCACGGCGUCCCCGGCGGUCGGCGCGCCGGACGCGGCCAAGGACACCGGCCCGUCGGGACCGACGGGGCCCGCGCAGGGCGCGGACCCGCUGCGGUCGGUCGGGCGGAAGGCCGGGAGCCUCGUGCCGUCGCUCGCGCUGUCGACGAUCAACGCCGAGACGCUCGAGGCGGCCUACGGCACCGUGCUGCAGAAGCUGCACCGGCCGGACGACCGUCUCCUGGACCGCGUGUCGUUCCACAUCAACAACCUGA